CGAAUAGAGCUUCAAAAGCUCCUCACUGCUCUGCAACUAAUACCUAGAUCCACAAAGCUCCAAAUUCCCUGGAGGUCCUCUUUAAUGGCGGACGCAAAGGACAUUCUAGGGCUUCCCAAAACGCAUUUCCCUUCCACUCAGGAGAAGAGACCCAAACCCCCAAAGGAGUCCCAGAGAAAACCAGAUGGAGUUUCUCGCGAGGUUUAUGCUCUUAUGGGGGGUUUGCCACCACUUAUGCCUACUCUCGAUAUCUCGCAAUUGAAACGAAAGCCCCCGUCAGACAAAGAAAAGAUCUCUUGGCAAUGGCUUCCCUUUACAUCCUCAGCACGAACCGAUAAUUUGAAACUUUAUCAUUGGGUCAAAAUUGUUAAUGGUGUUCCUCCAACAGGGGAUUACUCUUUUGCCAAGUACAACAAGUCCGUUGACAUUGUCAGAUACACAGAUGAGGAAUAUGAGAAGUAUUUGACUGAUCCUAAUUGGACCAAAGAAGAGACAGACCAAUUGUUUGACUUGUGCGAGCAGUUUGACCUCCGUUUCAUAGUGAUAGCCGAUAGGUUUCCAACAUCACGAAGCACUGAGGAACUGAAGAGUCGUUACUAUGCAGUGUCUCGCGCACUUGUCAUUGCCAAAGCUCCACCAUCUGGUGAUGUGUCUGGUCAUCCCCUGGUCAAGGAUCCUUACAACAUCACGCAUGAGGUCGAACGAAAGCGUCAACUAUCUACAGUUCUCUCUAAUCCAAAGCAGCCGGAGCGCAAGGAUGCAGAGGUUUUGGCUGAAGCGAAGCGGGUAGCAGACUUACGCAUAAGUGGAAAGGAUGCAGAAGAACCUGAGCUGCCUGCAAACACUGAAUCUGUUGCCCCAGAUGCAGUGGCAGUUGACUGUGUAUCGCCAUCUCCAAUACCUCAGCCCCCAGCUUCAACAGCAGAUAGUGCCUCUACACCAGCUUCACUUCGCAUGCUCCGAGUAUAUUUAAGAACCACUCUUCUUGAGCAAAUGGUGCAAGCAGCAAGCUCAUCUGCUGGAUUGCGAACGAUCAAGCGGGUUGAUCAAACUCUUCAAGAGCUUGGAGUUUUGAAACCUAAAGUCCCAACAAAAGCAGUGUGUGCAGAGCAUAUAGAACUUCGAAAAGAAAUUCUAACACUACUAAACCUUCAGAAGCAGGUGCAAUAUAAGGAGGCAGAAGUAUCAACUUUUCGUGACAACCCAUAUUCUGAUACAAUUCCCACGCCAAGUCCUCCUAAGCGUUCCCAUCGUGGAGGAGAUCAAGAUCGGCUAUUUAUACGGGAUUCUGAUGGCUUCAGUGGUGAAAGAGUUGGCAAGCGAGAGCAUAAGCGCAAGGCUCCUGGAAGAUAUCCCGAAGCUCCUCCAUCACCCCCUCAUUCUAAGAGGGCCAGAAAGAUGAAGGCCUCUGAUGGGUAGAACAUGAGGGCCGGCUAAAGAAGGUGCAGCAAGAUGAGCAAUUUUCAACGACUUUGCCUCAUCUAAUGAAGGUUAUGCAUCAUGGGGGCUGCUCGAAUGAAAUAACUGUUAUUGACCCAUCUCUAUGUGCUGCCAGAGAUGAUGCGAUGCCGAAUCUGUAUGGGAGGAAUUGCUAUUCAGUUUGUAUUGUUGCUUUUUGGUGCCCUUUAUAGUCCUUUGAGGACUAUGCAUAUCUGAAUAUGCAGAGUUGUGAUUCCUUCAUCUGAAUGAUGAAUCAAAUGUGUAAAUGAUGCUGUUUAUAUGGAAAAGCCCCAAGAUUUUGAUGUUCUGAAAACCUAGAUCACAAGGUGUACAUGAAAAAAAUAAUUAAAAAAAGGUAGAUCAUGAAAAUGAUUGGCAUA